AUGGCAGAGCGUGAGGCGUCGCCGUUACCACUGGACGUUCGCGCCCGGCUGGCGGAGUUGGAGCUCGAGCUGUCAGAGGAUAGCCCUAAAGCCCCCUGUCUCACCAGCCUGGACACCACUGGCAAACCUCUAUAUGUACUCACAUACGGGAAGUUAUGGUCUCGAAGUGUCAAGCUGGCUUUUAACAUCCUACACAAGCUGGGCAGCAAGCAGGAGCCCAUGGUGCGACCGGGGGACAGGGUGGCGCUAGUGUUUCCUAAUAAUGACCCGGUGGCCUUCAUGGUGGCCUUCUAUGGCUGCCUGCUGGCUGAGGUGGUCCCUGUACCCAUAGAGGUGCCCCUCACACGCAAGGAUGCUGGCAGCCAGCAGAUCGGCUUCCUAUUGGGUAGCUGUGGGGUUACCGUGGCGCUGACCAGUGAUGCCUGCCAUAAAGGCCUGCCCAAGAGUGCUACAGGAGAGAUACCACAGUUCAGGGGAUGGCCUAAGCUGCUGUGGUUUGUGACUGAGUCGAAGCAUCUCUCCAAGCCUCCCAGAGACUGGUUCCCUCACAUCAAAGAUGCAAACAGCGACACAGCAUAUAUAGAGUACAAGACCUGUAAGGAUGGAAGUGUUCUGGGAGUCACAGUGAUGAGGAUCGCUCUGCUGACUCACUGCCAAGCCCUCACACAGUCCUGUGGCUACACAGAAGCGGAGACCAUAGUGAAUGUUCUAGACUUUAAGAAGGACGUGGGACUGUGGCACGGCAUCCUCACGAGCGUGAUGAAUAUGAUGCAUGUGAUCAGCGUUCCCUACUCUCUGAUGAAGGUCAACCCGUUGUCCUGGAUACAAAAGGUCUAUCACUUUAAAGCCAAAGUAGCGUGUGUAAAGUCCAGGGACAUGCACUGGGCUCUGGUGGCCCACAGAGAGCAGAAGGACAUCAGCCUGAGUUCCCUCCGGAUGCUGCUGGUCGCCGACGGAUCUAACCCUUGGUCUAUCUCGUCCUGUGACGCGUUCCUCAACGUGUUCCAGAGUAAAGGCUUAAGGUCAGAGGUCAUCUGUCCCUGUGCCAGCUCUCCCGAGGCACUGACUGUUGCCAUCAGAAGGCCAGUGGAGGACAGUAGCCAGCCACCAGGCCGAGGGGUUCUCUCCAUGCAGGGUCUGAGUUACAGUGUGGUCCGCGUCGACACGGAGGAACGCCUGUCAGUCCUCACUGUGCAGGAUGUGGGCACUGUCAUGCCUGGAGCCCUGGUGUGUGUGGUGAAGCCAGACGGUGUGCCUCUCCUGUGUAAGACAGAUGAGAUCGGGGAGCUGUGUGUGUGUUCCGUUGCCACGGGAACAUCGUACUACGGACUGACAGGCAUGACCAAGAACACCUUUGAGGUGUUUCCAGUAGCAUCCGGUGGAGGUCUGGUCAGUGAGUAUGCGUUUGUCCGUACGGGGCUGCUGGGCUUCGUGGGUCCAGGUGGUCUGGUGUUUAUCUCCGGCAAGAUGGACGGCCUCAUUGUGGUCAGCGGACGCAGACAUAAUGCUGAUGACAUCAUAGCCACCGCACUGGCCGUGGAGCCAAUGAAAUUCAUCUACAGAGGGAGGAUAGCAGUGUUCAGUGUGACCGUGCUGCAUGAUGAGCGUAUCGUGGUGGUAGCAGAGCAGAGACCAGACUCUACUGAGGAGGACAGCUUCCAGUGGAUGAGCCGCGUUCUUCAGGCGAUAGACAGUAUCCAUGGUGUGGGUGUGUUCUGCCUGGGGUUAGUUCCAGCCAACACCCUCCCUAAAACCCCCCUUGGGGGUCUACACCUGUCUGAGACCAAACAGCUGUACCUGGAGGGGGGGCUGCACCCCUGUAACGUCCUCAUGUGUCCUCACACCUGUGUUACCAACCUGCCCAAACCACGACAGAAACAACCAGAGAUUGGCCCUGCCUCUGUGAUGGUGGGGAACCUGGUGUCUGGGAAGAGGAUCGCUAUGGCCAGUGGCAGAGACCUGGGACAAACUGAUGACAAUGACCAGUUCCUGUUCCUGUCAGAGGUUCUGCAGUGGAGAUCUCAGACUACGCCUGAACACAUCCUCUAUACACUGCUUAGCUCCCGGGGAGCGGUGUCUAGUUCUCUGACAUGUCUUCAGCUCCAUAAGAGGGCAGAGAGAGUUGCUGCUCUGCUGCUGGAGAGAGGAGGACUACAGGAGGGAGACCACAUAGCACUGGUCUACCCACCAGGUAUAGACCUAAUUGCAGCGUUCUACGGUUGUCUGUAUGCUGGCUGUGUUCCUAUCACGGUCCGACCGCCACACCCACAGAACAUCUCAACCACACUGCCCACGGUCAAGAUGAUCGUAGAGGUCAGUCGUUCAGCCUGUGUGAUGACCACAGCGGUCAUCUGUAAGCUUCUGCGGUCCAAGGAGGCGGUCGCUACAGUUGACAUCAGGAACUGGCCUCCCGUCCUGGACACAGAUGACCUGCCAAAGAAGAAGUCUCCAGCGCUGUAUAAGCCCUGUAACCCUGAUGCCCUGGCCUACCUGGACUUCAGUGUGUCCACUACUGGCAUGCUGGCUGGAGUACAGAUAUCCCAUAAUGCAGUGGGAGCGUUCUGUCGGUCAGUGAAGCUGCAGUGUGAACUGUAUCCCUCCAGAGAGGUAGCAAUCUGUCUUGACCCCUACUGUGGCCUGGGCUUCGUCCUCUGGUGUCUCUGCAGUGUGUACAGUGGCCAUCAGUCGAUCCUGAUCCCUCCAGUAGAGUUGGAGUCUAACCCAGCCCUGUGGCUGCUCGCUGUCAGCCAGCUCCGAGUCAGAGACACCUUCUGUUCCUACAGCGUCAUGGAGCUCUGCACUAAAGGACUGGGCCUGCAGACAGAGGCACUGAAGGCGCGAGGCCUGGACCUGUCCCGUGUGAGGGCGUGUGUUGUGGUAGCAGAGGAGAGACCCAGGAUGUCUCUAACACACUCCUUCUCCAAGCUGUUUAAAGACCUGGGCCUGCACCCCCGAUCUGUCAGCACAGCAUUUGGCUGUAGGGUCAACCUGGCUAUCUGUCUGCAGGGCACCUCCGGACCAGACCCUACUACAGUUUACGUGGACAUGAGAGCUCUGCGACAUGAUAGGGUUCGGUUGGUGGAGAGAGGUUCUCCUCACAGUCUCCCUCUCAUGGAGUCAGGAAAGAUCCUACCUGGUGUCCGCAUCAUCAUCGCCAACCCAGAGACCAAGGGACCCCUGGGAGACUCCCACCUAGGAGAGAUCUGGGUGCACAGUGCCCAUAAUGGCAGUGGAUAUUACAGUGGUAAUGGAGAGGAGGUCCUUCAGUCUGAUCACUUCACCUCCAGACUCAGCUUCGGAGACACGUCCACCGUCUGGGCUCGCACCGGAUACCUGGGCUUUUUACGACGUACUGAACUCACUGAUGCCAGCGGAGAGAGACAUGAUGCGCUGUAUGUGGUGGGCGCGUUGGAGGAGGCCAUGGAGCUGAGGGGGAUGAGGUAUCAUCCUAUAGACAUCGAGACCUCCGUUAUCAGGACGCACCAGAGCAUCAUGGAAUGUGCUGUGUUUCCCUGGACUAACCUGCUGGUAGUUGUGGUGGAACUAGAAGGCUCGGAGCAGGAAGCCCUGGACCUGGUUCCCAUGGUGACCAAGGCGGUGCUGGAAGAGCAUUACCUCAUCGUUGGUGUCGUCGUGGUAACGGACAUCGGGGUGAUCCCCAUCAACUCUCGCGGGGAGAAGCAGCGCAUGCAUCUCCGAGACGGCUUCCUACAGGACCAGCUAGACCCCAUCUACGUGGCUUAUAACAUGUAACCCAGCCGCCCCAUCCGGGGUUGGGGGGUGUGGGGGUGUGGGUGGAUGUAAGAGAGGGGGAUGUGUGUGUUAGCAUGUGUGUGUAUGCGUACGUGCGUGUAUAUCGCUGGUGUUGUUCAUUGCAAAUCAAGACGUACUGUGUUUUUGAAUCUGCACAUGGUCAUAUGGUGUGGUGCCAGUUGUCUGAUCCUUUAGUUGUGCUGUGGUGGAGGUAUGGCUGUUUCCACAGCCCCAGUUAAACCUGACACCUAGACAGGAAGUCGCUGUUCAAAGCCUUAGAGGAACACUGUGUACCGACUACACCACUCGUUGUUACCCGUUAGGAGAGAGAGAAAAUAUCUCUGAACAUAUCUGUUUUCUUAAUGAAAUAGACAUGAACAAUUAAGUUAUUAAAGUAUAUUGUCAGAAAAAGACAGGGGGUUCAGAUGAGUGUAUAAAUAUAAAUAUUGUACAUAAACAAAAUGAUCUAUAUGGCGAGAACUGAAACACACUGAGGACCUGUUAUACAGCUUUCUCCACCUGCGGUGUGUGUGUGUGUGCGUGUGUGUGUGCGUGUGUGUGUGCGUGUGUGUGUGCGUGUGUGUGUGUGCGUGUGUUUGUGCGUGUGUGUGUGCGUGCGUGAGCGUGUGUGUGUGCGUGUGUGUGUGCGUGUGUUUGUGUGUGUGACGUGUGUGUGUGUGCGUGAGCGUGUGUGUGUGUGUGUGUGUGCGUGAAUGAAUGUGAUCCAGUUCACUCCUCUUAUAAGAAUCGCAUACAUCCUUAACGAUUUGUUUCCUAAAGACAAUUAACUCCUAAAUGCCAAGUUAACCUGGUAGAAGUACACAAUUGUUUCUAUCCAACAAUGUUUGACCGUUGUAAGCAUUUUAUUAUGGUAAUAUGUGAUUCUACUAAGAAAGCCCAGUAAGUAGCAGAGGGAAAUAGGAGUCGUUAAGCCCAGCUCUGGACCAGAAACACAAGAGACAUUCUAAAUGGUAGCCUAUUCCCUUGAAGUGCACUGUUGGGACUAUGGUCAUAAAUUGGACACUAUAUACAAAAUUAGCCCCCGUUUGGGACGAAACAAAAAAGUUUAGAAGAAAUUAGCCCCCGUUUGGGACGAAACAAAAGAGUUUAGAAGAAAUGUAUUUAUCCAUCAUAAAAUGAUCACUUUAUGGCAUCGUCUAUGUUAUCAACUUUUCUGUGAAAAACAUAAUUUCAUGUUAAUGUUUAUUGCUAUGAGUAUUGUCCUAGAGGCAGAACUGAGUGGUUUUUGCUAGAUGGGCCAGCUGCGAAGUCAAAAUUGGCUACAAUGUAAAAAUUCAUGAAAUCAAAAAUGUGCUUUUUUGGGCUUAAUUUAAGGCGAAGGUUAGGAAUUAGGGUUAGCAGUGUGGUUAAGAUUAGAGUUAAGGUUUAAAAUCUGAUUUGAUUCCAGCUAGUGACCACUCUGCAGAGCUGCCUCUAGGGCAAGACUCAUGAUAAUAAAUGCCAACCUGCUAAUUUUAAUCAAAUCAAAUGACAUUUUAUUUGUUACAUGCGCUGAAUACAAAAGGUGUAGAUCUUACCGUGAAAUGCUGACUUACAAGCCCUUAACCAACAAUGCAGUUCAAGAAGUAGAGUUAAGAAGAAAAAAAAAAAAAGUAACACAAUAAAAUGACAUAACAAUAACAAGGUUAUAUACAGGGGGUACCGGCACCGAGUCAGUGUGCAGGGGCACAGGCCAGUCGAGGCAAUUCGUACGUGUAGGUAGGGGUGCACCUAAUGCACCUAUUUGUUUACAUUCAGACUCCUGAGUUUGUUUUAUCAUCAUAAUCACAACACAUCUCAUUUUAAUGUAUUUCUUCAGCUACUUUUGUCUCAGAGCUAUAAUGUAAUGUCAUGUAUGAAAAACGUACAUAUCAUGAUGUGUUUAUUUGCUUAUUAUUCUGUACUAGAGAGUGGUGAUGGUACUAUUUUACAUGUUUUUAUUGAACCUUUAUUUAACUAGGCAUGUCAGUUAAGAACAAAUUCUUAUUUAUGUUGACAGCCUACCCCGGGCAAACCCAAUCGCGGACGAUGCUGGGUCAAUUGUGCGCCGCCCUAUGGGACUCCCAAUCACGUCCGGUUGUAAUACAGCCUGGAAUUGAACCAGGGUCUGUAGUGACUACUCUAGCACUGAGAUGCGGUGCCUUAGACCGCUGCGCCUCUCGGGAGCCCCCUGACUGUGUGUUAGAGAGAGAGAAGUCUUGUAGGUAGGGUUAAGCCUGGUACAGAAACUAGAGAGGUGAGAGAGACUGCAUUUUGUGCGUGUGCGUGUGCGCGUGCGUGAGUGUAUUGUGUGCAAAUAGUGUUGAUUUUGUACGGUACAGGUGUGUGUGAUUGUUUUGUACACAUGAUGAAAAUAUAAAAAUGACACUUUUAUAAGAACCUGCCAUUGGCUCCACAUCACACUAUACAGUGCAAUAAAGUGCUUUGAUUGGUUAA